AGUUCUUUCGCUUUUUAAAUUUCGGCCUUAGAGUGCUAAUCACGGUAUUUCUGAGUAUUUUAGGGGAGAUAAAUCGUUAUUUCUGGUCACUCUGCUGAUAAUAAACAACGUUUGCAUUGGCCUAUGAGACGCGUAUAGUGCGAUGCGUCGAAUACUCGAAAGGUAAUUUACGCUAUUUACGCCUAAAUGUAAAGCAACGCUGAAGCCGCAAGUACCUUUUUUGUUACACACAAAAUUAAGGCACAAUGAAAAGCUCAAAACAACAACAACAUCAGCAAUCUAGGCGAAACACUAUUCCCGCUUCUUACAUUGUGUUGCAAGCUACGAUGCGCUGUCAAAGUUCUCGGUUUAUUUACGUUUGCGUUUCCCCCGCAACAAUCAGCUGAUCCGCAUGAGUCACCGCCUUUUACCUGUGGUUUCAUGACUAUUCAUGUGCCCACAGCGGUCAGGGUUCACCGGCGUAUAAUAGCAAUGCCCGAGCGGAUAAAGCCCGUACUGCACCAGCUAGGACCAGUGUUGCCGUUGUGUUCGCUUCCCGACUGGACCGAACGAUGGAAUCGUUCGGCGUGCUAAGCUCGCUGCUGGAAAAGGUGCACCAUGCUCAGCGGCCGGGCAAGGAGGCGGCGCUGCGCAAGUUUUUCCAGGACUUUGAGCGCUACCGGCAAUCGUGCGCAGAGGGGCCCAAUCGUCCCUCGAUCCACGCGUGGCUGCGGCUGCUCCUGCCCGGGCUGGACCGCGAGCGGAAAGCGUACGGGCUGCGGGAGCGCUCGCUGGCCGAAGCGUACGUCCGGGCGCUCGGGCUCGAUCGGCGCAGCGAGGAUGUGCAGCGGCUGCUCUCAGCUGCCACCGACGACCUGGCGACCCGGCUCGGUUCCCUGCUGCAUGGCCGCUGCCCGGCGGUGGGCGAUCUGACUGUAGCCGACGUGAAUGCUCGACUCGAUGCGAUCGCGGACGGGGGGCCAACGGCCGCCCGGACCGAGCUGGUGCAGCUGAUCGAGCGAGCCAGCCCGCUCGACCAGCGCUGGCUGGUGCGGAUCCUGCUCAGAAACCUGCGUCUCGCGGUGAGCAGUCGGCGGAUACUGCAGCUGUACCAUCCGAGCGCCCCGACGAUUUACGAUGGUGCGAGCGACCUGAAGCAGAUGGUGGAGCAGAUCGAGAGUAGACAGGCGACGGCGAAUGAGCUGCUGGACGAGCCGGAUGGGGCCGUGAUCCGACCGCUGCACUUCGUGCGCCCGAUGCUCUGCCAGCGGCUGGAGCUGCGCCAGGUCGGGGAGCUCCUGCGUCGCGACGCCUACUGGCUCGAGACGAAGAUGGACGGCGAGCGGUUCCAGGUGCACUGGGACGGCGAGACUUUCCGGUACUACUCGCGUAACGGGCACGACUACAGCGAGUCGUUCGGGCGGAGCGCGGACCAGGUCGGCGGCACACUGACGCCCAUGCUAGCCACCCUGCUCGCACCCUCCGUUCGGUCGCUCGUGCUGGACGGCGAGAUGAUGGUGUUCGAUCGGCGCACGCUCCGCUACCGGGACAAGUGCGACGGCACGGACGUGAAGGCACUGCGCCCGGGCAACACACAGCUGCGACCCUGCUUCUGUGCGUACGACGUGCUGCACCACAAUGGCCGCUCGCUCGCCGGCGUACCGUACGCCGAGCGGGCCCGCCUGCUCGCCGAAUCGGUGCGCGAACAGUUCGGCUUUCUCGAGCGGUGCCGGCGGGUGCGUGUGCGCGACCCGCCCCACCUGCUCGAGCUGAUCAACGGCGCGAUCGACGAGCGGCAGGAGGGCGUGGUGCUGAAGCGCGAGGACGCACCGUACCGACCGAACCGGCGGGCCGGCACCGGCUGGUACAAGAUCAAGCCGGACUACGUCGACGGGCUGGUGGUGGACUUCGAUCUGCUCGUGCUGGGCGGCUUCUACAACCAGCGCCGCACGUACGUGAACGCGUUCCUGGUCGGGGUGGCGGCCCGCACCACCCCCCGCCCCGAGUACCUCUCGGUGGCGAAGGUGUCGAUGGGCUUGGGGACGCUCGAGUGGCAGCAGCUGAACCAAACGCUGCGGCCCCACUGGCGGACGGGCCCGGUGGAUGGUGGUGAUGGUGGUGCGGUGGUGCAGUGCGGGCAGACCGCACCCGACGUGUGGAUUGCGCCCGCCGACUCGAUCACGCUGCAGCUGCGCGGCUCCGAGCUGGUGCGGAGCGAUUCGUACGCCGCCGGAUACACCAUACGCUUCCCGCGCAUCGUCACCGUCCGGCCGGACAAGCUGCCGGACGAGGUGUGCACGCUAGACGAGCUGGAGCAGGUGGCAGGCAGUAACAGGGCGGCCCCGAGCGCAGGCGGCCAACGGGCCACCAAGCUGGCCAAGCGGCACGUCACGCUGGAGGACCUGAGCGCACCGCCGACCGUGUCCAAAGCGAAGGCGCCACGCAAACGGGCGGCGCUGGUCACGUUCGAGCGCAAACCGGAGCAGGAACCGCCCCCGCUGCCGGGCGGCAUGCUGCACGGCAGGGACGUGUGCGUGAUGAGCGUGGGCAGUCAGCCGGGCGCAGCCACCAUCGACGCACUCGAGCGGCUCGUGCGGCGGCACGGUGGCCGGGCCGUCGCCAACCCGACCCCGGCCACGUACGCCAUCGUGGCCGGGCGCGUCACCUUCAAGGUGCGCAAGUACAUGGAGACGGGCCGCUGGGACGUGGUGCGGGACGAAUGGUUGCUGCGAGCCGGCACCGAGGGUAGGCUGGAAGCGUUCCGGCCGGAGGAUAUGCUCAGCGCAACGGAGCCGACGCGCAUGCGGCUGGCGCAACAGUACGACCGGUAUGGUGACUCUUACACGCGCCCCACCACACCGACCUCGUUCGGCGCCCUGUUGCGCCGCAUGGGAGGCGACACCGGCGAGCCGGGCCGCCUGACCGACCGGGAGGUGGUACGGGGCGAGCGGAUGCUGCUGGGCGUGCGGCACGCCACCCGAAUGCGUUUGUUCCGCGGUCUCACCGGACGGCUGUACCGGUCCGCGCAAGCGUGGGAUGGGCAGGUCGCCGAGUUCCGGGCCCAGCGGGACAUGCUGCGCUUCGUGCAGUACGGGGGCCGCUGGUUGCGCGACUCCGAGCCGGGGCGCGCGCGUUACGUGUUUGUUGCGCCCGGCGCUACCGCCACGGUGCAGGAGAUGGAGCGGUGGGCCGACCAGAUGGCGCACGGUGAGCCGGCGAGCGGGGAUGACACGACACUGCUGCAGGUCCGCUGGAUUGCGCGCUCGAUCGAGGCGGGACAGUUGUGCGAUGGGGCGGAUUUUAUCGUUGCUGACUGAAACGGUCACAAAGCAUCAGGAUAGCACUUAGCAUAGACAUACAUUAGUGUUGGGUUUCCUUGAAUCUUUCGUUGAGAUUCAUUCAUAUGAAGCUUCAUUGAUUCAGUGAUUCGACUCUCGAAUCGGCUCUUCAAAGUUUUAUCUCCAAGGAUUCAUCUCUAAAGAUUCAUCUCCAUGGACUCAUUUCCAAAGAUUCAUUUUUAAAGAUUGAUCUCCAAGGAUUCAUCUCUUAAGAUUCAUCUUCAAGGAUUUAUUUAUAAAAAUCAACUUUUCAAAGAUUUAUCUCCAAGGAUACAUCUCCAUGGACUCAAUUCUAAAGAUUGAUCUGGUAAAGAUGUCCAAGGGUUUGACUCUUCAGCGAUUCAUAAAUCCAUCAAAUAUCUCCAUCAUAAAGCCAGGAAAUAUGCAUCUUUAGAGAUGAUUUUGUGUGAUUUUCAAAAUAUUGAAUUUGCGCGACCCUACCACUGUCUCCCCUUAGCGAAACAAACUAACCGGCUGCGUGGUACACACCAAGAAGUCUCGAAAGCUUGUAUAGGUUGGCAUGACUAGGUUGUUACGCCAAGAAGAAGAAUAAUGAAAAGCUCAAGCUCUAUGAAUCCUUGGAGAUUUCCUAGGAAAUUAAUCCCUAGAGAUUCGUGGAUCUUUCGAGAUUCAUGAAUCUUUGCAAUCCAGCUUCAGAUGCAUUGAAUCAUUUCAAAGAUUCAUUCCGAUUCAAGCAUCUGAAUCAGAAUUACCCAACACUACUAUACAUGUAUUCAAAAAACAAAUCCUAAUUAAUGUACGUUAUCCAAUUGUAAAAUGUUUCUACCACGUAGCAGCACUGUAAAUAAUAAGCAACGUAGAAACACGACCAACAAACGAAAGAAUAGAAUUAUGAAAAAGAGUGUUAGACUUCAAAUUUAUUCCACUUCAUUAUACACUGGGAGAGCAUGAUGCAUAUCUGAGGAGAAUCCGGCAGCGGAAAGGGAGAGCUAGCAGGGGGUUGAAAGGUCGUCGUACAGUACAGCUGGGCAUAUUCGCAGCUAUUUGACGGCGGAUUCAUGAAAUGGGGGAGUGCGAGCCACCUGGCGGCCGCUUCAGAUAUUCGGCAGCACGCACAUCGUACAUCGUUUGCGUUAGGUUAAAUGUUUAUGCUAUUUUAGUGUGGAACAGGAUUUAUGCAGGAAAGAUAUUCUGCGCUCCCUUCACACCCUUCCCCAUCAACUAUGUGAGUGUGUGUAACUUUACAUACAGGUAUAUCAUCUAUUUCGCUUGCUUGAACUGUAUAUGCAUUCUAUGCAUACCCGAGCAUGUUUGUUUGUUUGUUUUUCUUCAUGUAUUUGCCGUUUUAUAAUCCAAAUUCAAAAUUCAUUACAAUUCAUUCCGCAUAAAUAUGACAGUGUGAGUGUAUGUGUAUGUAUGUGUGUGUGUGUGUUUAUCUCCUUAGAGCAAAGGGAUUUCUCAUAUACAAUUGUUUAUCUCAUUUUUCAUGUUUCCUGUCUGCUGCCACCCAGUGUUCGUUCGGUUUCCCCCUCUCCGUGUUAAUGCCUGCCUGUCUGCCAGCGUGACUUGUUUGAAAAGACUGUGCGCAUUUUCGUGUACGCGCCAUUCGCUCUCGUUCUUCCUUCCACUACCUUUUCCCCACGACACCAUUUCUGUUUCUACGAUUUUUUUAAAUAAUUUUAAAAGAAAAAAAAGGAAUAGAAAACAUUUUUCGAGUCUGACUUGGAUUUAAAUAUACCAACCGAAGAGAGAAAAAAAAACAAAACAGGAAGCAACUUACUUCCUUUCUGGUUUUCCCUUCGCGUUCUCAACAAAGCUACUACAUGUUAUAGGCCUUUCCGCAAUUAUCUCCCGCUCGGGAGGGGUGAGGGACGUUACAAUAUAACCAUAACUUGAGAGUAAGUGGGUAUGUGUGUGUGUGUGUGUUUGAAUGCGCACAAACAAAAAAAAAGAAAA